GGCGAUGUGAUGUGGAUCAAAAUGACACGUGGGUUGAAAAAAAAUGAUGAAUGAAUAAGUAUAAAUAAAAGUGGAUUUAUUAGUUUCCUUUCCGUUCUAUAUUUUUUCUGUUUUUAGAAGAUUAUGAUGAUUACGAUAACGAGAUAAUAUAUCUCUCUUGCUCCGAUUAGGGUUUCAUUUUCUCUACGUUUAAUUUCCUGAAGCUUUCAAGGGCUUGAUUUUCAGUGAUUUUUAGGGCUGGAUUUUAACACGGUGUAGAUGAGUCUGGCGGGGACGGAAAGCUCGGAAGAGGGUGCAGUGCAUCCGGAGCCACCUGAUCCUGAUGUUCUUGAGAUUGAUCCUACUUGUCGUUACAUCAAGUAUAAAGAAGUGAUAGGCAAAGGAGCCUUCAAAACUGUUUACAGAGCAUUUGAUGAGGUCAAUGGGAUUGAAGUUGCAUGGGGCCAGGUUCAGAUUGACGAGGUGUUGCAGUCACCGGGUGACUUAGAUAGGCUAUACUCAGAAGUGCAUCUCUUAAAAUCGCUACGGCACAGUAACAUAGUAAGGUUCUACAAUUCUUGGAUUGAUGACAAGCGCAAGACUGUUAAUAUGAUUACUGAGCUGUUUACGUCGGGUAGCCUUAAACAGUAUCGUAAAAAACACAAGAAGGUUGACUUGAAGGCUGUCAAAGGAUGGGCACGACAGAUUCUGAUGGGUUUAAACUACCUCCACAGUCACAAUCCACCAAUUAUACACAGGGACUUGAAAUGUGAUAAUAUAUUUAUCAAUGGUCACCAAGGAGAAGUUAAAAUUGGUGAUUUGGGGCUGGCGACUCUCUUGACUCGGGCUAAUGCUAAGAGUGUUAUCGGAACUCCGGAGUUUAUGGCACCUGAAAUGUAUGAUGAAAAUUACAACGAAUUAGCUGACAUAUACUCAUUUGGUAUGUGCAUGCUUGAGUUGGUGACUUCUGAGUAUCCUUACAGUGAAUGCAGAAACUCAGCGCAGAUAUACAAGAAAGUUUCAUCUGGUAUAAAGCCUGUUGCUCUUUCUAGAGUGAUAGAUCCCGAGAUAAAAUCAUUUAUUGAAAAAUGUCUUGUUCCAGCCUCCCAAAGAUUGUCAGCAAAGGAGCUUCUGAUGGACCCCUUUGUUCAAGUGAAUGGUUCAGCAAAGAACAUUUCUUUCCCACUGCCUGAUAUUGUCCUUCCCAAACUGGGAGCUUCUGAAAACAGAGGUAUGAUGUCAGAAGGUCCUGCUAGUACACGUAUUAGGGCUAUUUCUAUGGAUCUUGGUGACCCUAACGAGCUACCUGUGAUCACUGUACUUGAUAAUUCAACUGUCGGUGCAUCAUCUUCUCCAAGUGUUGAGAUAAGAAGGUUGAAGGGUGGUGAUACCUUCUUUCUGAAAGGUGACCAAAAUGAUGAGAGUUCUGUAUCAUUAGUUCUUCGGAUAGCUGAUCAGAAAGGACAAGCAAGAAAUAUCCAUUUCAUCUUCUACCUUGACAGUGAUACUGCUGUCUCGGUUUCAAAGGAAAUGGUUGAGCAACUUGAACUUGCUGAUCAGAACGUAAAAUUUAUAGCUGAGUUAAUCGAUUUGUUAUUGAUGAGAUUGGUUCCUGAAUGGAAACCUUGUGUAGCAAUCGAUCAUUUGGCCUCUGUAAAUGGUAAAUGGACUAAUGCUAGCCAACAGAGAGACACAGAGUUGGCUAAAUACAAAGGAAUCUCUAAACAUUCCACUGAAGAUGCAGGUCCCUCAACCUCAUACGGAAAAUCAGCUGCAAAAGAGAACGUCGACAAUAUGGAUAUAUGUUCUGAGAUGUCAUAUGCUUCUGCAACAUCAGACAUCAAUGAUAAGUUUUCUAUGGUUUCAUUCAUGUCGGCUGAAUCAGGAUUUGAUGGAGGGAGUCAGAGCUCAUUUGCAUCUGAAGCUGGGACAUCAUCUGAUUACAGGAGCAAGACUUUAGACAUGGGAAGCAACAGUAUGAUGAGCUUCUCAAGUUAUCCCCUCAGUGUUUCUUCCUUGUCCGAACUUGAUGAUGAGUUGAGAGUAGAGUUAGAAAUGAUCGAACAGCAAUAUCAGGAGGCAAUUAAAGAUUUAUCGAAAAGAAGAAACUUGGCCAUCGAGGAGAUUAAAAGGAGAAUGGCAGAGAAGACGGUAUCAUAGAAUGAUUUCAGUUGAAAUUAGUUUUUCGUUUUUCUAUUUUUUACGAGUACAAAUUUACUUGUUUCUUUUUGUUGGGGAGGCGUAGAAGAAUUUACUAGUCUUUUUAAUAGUGAGCUUUUACGUCCCCUGCUCUCUUCAUACCCGUGAAGUGAGAAGUGUAAAUACGGACCUGUGAAAUUGUUUUGCUUUUCGCAUGGUUUAUUGAAUUUAUUUUUGACACUA